UUCACCUAUCUGUACGUCACGCCUAUGUAGGUUUGGAUUUGUUAUUGGUAGGGCCGGUGAUGUUGCCAUCAUCAGUUUGGUCUUUGCCUAGUUUAUCUGAAAUCCGAGGUUCUCCGAGGAUCAGUUGAGCUGAUCGGACAAUGUUAGAAGUCAUGAUAAUAAGACGAAUAUAUCAUAUGUUAAAGAUCUUCUACGAACUAUUGGCAAACAUAAUCAAUCAAGUGUGAAAAGCUUAGAAGUUCGAUCAAUGUAUUGACAUUACGAUCUAUUAAGUGAUAUUACGCCAUUAUUUGUCAUUUUUAGUCAAUUGGUCAUCGCUGUUUGUCCUUGAACAAUAUCCAGUUGCAAUUUUCUUGAUCGCAAUUUAAUAGCUUGACAAGUAUGUUAUUCUCACUAACGAUCAUGUUGGUUGACUAUAAAUACCGAUGAACACCCCUCGAAACAACACAACCAGCCCAGCUACCAGCAGCUUAACCAACCACCCAACCCAGCUCACCAACCCAACUCAACCCACAACAAUGAAGGCUACUCUGUUCUUCCUGGUCGUCGUCCUGUGCGUCGUGGCUAUCUCUGCCAACAGCAGUGAGCAGCAUGGCAAGGGACAGGGCAAGGGCAAAGGAAAGGAACAAGCUUCCGCUGGAGCUGCCGAUGGCUCGAAAGUAGGCGUUGGCAACGGCAAGGGCAAGGGACAGGAGAAGGGCGACGCUGCAUCCCGUGCUGAGGCUGGUCGUGCCCACGCUCAGAAUGGAGGAAAGGGCCUGGAGAAGGCCAAGGAGCACGGAAAGGGCAAGGGAAAGAACUGAACGGAACAUACGGAAAUAAAAUGAUACAUUAUAGCUAAA